AUGUCAUCACUGCCUGAGGGUUGGGUUUCUCGUAUCAGCUCCAAUGGAAAGACGUAUUAUGUGAAUAUUGUCACAAACGAAUCUCAGUGGGAAUUACCCCAACAUCCGGCUUCGUCGUCUUCAGGUAAAAUAAGGUGUUCACACUUGCUGGUAAAGCACAAGGAAUCUCGGCGUCCUUCAUCCUGGAAACAGCAAAACAUAACGAGGUCUAAAGACGAGGCCUUAUUUUUAAUUAGAAAAUACAAGGAACUUAUAGAAUCUGGUGAACGUAAAUUUGAUGAACUUGCCAGAACUGAGAGUGACUGUUCUUCAGCUGCAUCAGGUGGCGACUUAAAUUUCUUUGGUCGAGGUCAAAUGCAGAAAGCAUUCGAAGAUGCAGCAUUCACUCUGAAGAUUCAUUAUGCGCAUGCUUUGACUGGCGAUAUGGACUUUACUGACCUGGGUCAUGCAUUAAACAUGACAUGCGCCCUGCAGCAACAUAUCGUCAGUUUGAUAUCCAGAGAUCUUAGAAAUUUAGGAGGCGUUAUAGAGAUGAGAAGGAGAGGUACAAAUACAGUAAGUGUUCAGGAAGCAUAUGUAACAGCUCAACAGAGUAUGGACACCGAGGUGGAUUCACAACUAAGUGAUGAUCAAAACAGUGUUGUUGGCAGUGAGAAUAUUGAGAAUGGAGAGACAACAAAUAAUCAUGAUUUUUGUGGACCAUCGAAUCAUGUAGAGGAUGAUACAGUACCUGCUAACAGUCAAAUGAGCAGUACCUGCAGUAGUUCUACUUCCCAACAAGCAUACGAAUCAUCAAGUGAUGAACACGAGUUAACUACUAUAGACAAAUUAUGUGAAUGCUUACGUGGUAGUGUUGUCGUCAGUGACUCAACAGAUUGUCUUGCCUGUAAACUGAGAAAGGAGGUUUACUAUGAAACGAACGUCACCACGGUUUGCGCGGCGUGCCCGGGAGUCCCUCGUCUUUGUUCAUUGCCAUGUUUUCUAUGGUGGCACAUUUUUCAUAUACCGACAUCCCGCACUCAACCAACAACAACAAUCCGAUCCGAACAAACCGGUACAAGAAUAAGAGAAUCAAAUGACCAAGUUAUGGUUUCAGAGUCCCAGGUAACUGAUCAAUCGAGUGAAUUUAGAGCGUCUGAGGAAUCAGUCCUCCAACCUUGCACAGCAUCCGUACGUCGGGUAGUCGGAAAAAGAAGACGACGUAAAGCAUCCCGAUAUCGUUAUGUGAGAAGGAAAGUCCAGCCUAAAAACUUAUGGAAAAACAUAUAUGUACCGUGUACGCAGAUGGAACUUACUGACGGUAACAGAGGACUACUCAUCUGAAUUAUUUGUACAUUUGAAAUCUGAUUUUUGUUUAAUGCACAAUUUUUCAAUGAAUCUGUGUUCCUUUUGUUGUUACGCGAUUGUGUUCCAGUAACAUAAGUAACACGUGCUAAGUUAGGAAUUGAGGGUAAACUAUUAGGGGUAAAUGCAGCGUCUGGGAAACUUUUGUUUACGCGAUUAGAUGAACAGAUGGCAACGUACCUAACCUUGACGUUUUUCCAAUAAAUAACGCCAAUAUACAUCAGCUGAUCAAAUGACCUACGUCCGUCUACAGGCUGCCAGGAAUUAUCGUGAGUUGAAAGGUUAUUUCUAAGUGGAUUUAAUAUAUAUUUGCGCUGAUUGGUGCAGUGUAAUAUGGGUUAUGUGGAUUCAAUGUAUAAGAAAAUCUCAACUUUAUUAAUACUGUGCCAUUGUGUGCUUAGCUGACUGCUUGGUUAAGAAAUGUAGGUGGUUCUCAUGAUUGCAACAUGUUGCAAAUGCAGUGCAGUAGAGAAGGCAAUUACUUGUUUAAUUUUCCUGAUUGCUUCAAUUAGUGCAUUGAUUCAGUGUAUAAUAUUAGUAUACACAUGAAUUGUGUUGAUUACAAUAACUGAAUCUGGCCAGCUCUAAUAUUAUCAAUUCACUGUCUGUUACGACCUGGAGCGGGGUGAAAAAGUUGUCAGAAAACAGAAGGCAAUGGAGGUGCGCAGCUGAAGC